AUGGCAGGGAUGGAUAAGCCUCCAGAGGAGAAACGUCUCCUCUUCAUUAAUACCAAUGAAAACAAUUUUCCUCCACGUAGAAAUCAGCAUAAUUCAAUUGAUUCCGAGGUCCGUCGCCAUGUUAUGCUUGAUAUUGGCAAGGCCCGACGAAAGCCAUCAAAGGACCGCCAGUUCGUCACCUUGACAUGGCAGGCACAAAAGCACACCGGCAAACAAGAAAGUCCAAAGAGAAGACAAUAUGGCCAUUCAAAAACACCCGAGGAGUGCCAGGCCACAAUAGGCACGCCUACAUUGUACGCACUGGCUGUCUUCGAGAGGGAAUGGGGAGAAGAUUCGUUCUCGGCAUACGGAUUUACUCUUAUCAUGGCCACAGGGAAGAAUGCGAUGAGCGGCACUUAUUCGGCAAAUACAUUCUGGUCCCCCUUCGCCUUCAGAAAGUCUGCCUUCCUGAAGCACUACCAGCAAAUCUUUAGUUCACCAGAUGUUCUUAUCCCAUUAUACCUUCGAUCAUCACUAGAACUCAAGUCCAUAGCGCUGGAGCGCUCACUUAUGACAAUCCAGUGUAUCGAGUCCAGACUUACAAGCUCUGAUACGAGUUGGGCAACAUCAGACAGCGUUAUUAGCGCUGUUCUGGCACUAAUCUGCUACAAUUUUUCCAACCUAGAUUUUGACCAAGCGAUGGUUCACAUCAGCGGUAUCUGGAUGGUGAUUGAGGUCAGGGGCGGCAUUUCUACCGUAGAGAAUAAUCAGGACCUACUUCUCAUGAUAUCAUGGGUCGAUAUCACGGCAGCACUUCUGCACAACACGAAACCCUUAUUUCCACUACCCAUGAACCUAGACGCAUUCGUUCGCCCAGGCCUGAACAUGCUCCCAGGUCCGCUUUUCGGCGUCCUUAACGGCGAUAUAUUGUGUAAUGAGCGCUUUCUGGCGGUUCUUGCAUGUAUGGGAGAUUUGAAUGCACUUGCAACAUUCCUCCAGACCGAGCAGGUGACCAAGGGCGAUGCCAUCUGGAGCGACGAAGAGCAAAUGGGUCUCCUUUUGAACCCAAUUGCGCAUAACUUAUUGAACCAACAACAAUUGGAGCCUCCGAAGCCUGAUACACCUUACGAAAUAAUCUUGGAGUCGCUCAGGCUUGGGGCUAUCAUCUGGAUUAUACAGGUGAAGCGAAGGUGCCGCUCUUAUCCCGGGACUGCUCAAGCACGUAUCACGACACUCCUCAGAACAAUAUCAAAUGACACAGAAGCUGAUACCCCAUGGAACUGUAGUGUAGACCUGCAGGUUGUUCGUCUCUGGCUCCUGGUUCUUUGCAGUGUCAGCGAACCUAGUGGCCAGGACUAUUCGACCUUGAUGCGAAUAAUAGCUUCCGAAAUGAAAGAACUGAACCUGCUAGAGUCUUUUGGCCUCCUUUGGCUUAGAUCCCAAGCCACCUUACUGUCGCUCUCGCUGUCGCAGAUAAGCUCCUCCGACAUCGUGGUCACCUCCGUUCGAUACUUGGUCUCAAUAGCCGUCGCCUCCCAAAAGCGAUCCUUUGGUCGCUGUCGGUUCAGCGGGUACCCGCCAGUCCUUGACGUCAAGCUCACACAGCACGGCCAAUCUCGCAACAAGAACCCCUUCAAGAAGAGGCCAUCUCGACCUCCAUAUUGGGGCCAACUUCAUCUCGUCGCCUUCUUUGGUGCCAUUGUAGUCUCCAGUUUCAUCAUGGAAGACCCCAAUCUGACCGAGGCGCCAGGUGCCGCGCAAUGCCCUUCCUCCCAGUCGGCUGAGCUCAAAGACUCCUCAGGAAGACCCCAUUGUGAUCAGCCUAUCGCUGGGGCCACUCCCUUGGGUACUCCUGUCGGCGCAUCUGAGGACGAUGCUGAGUCUCCUGGGUCUACUCCGCUCCCCUCUUCCGCGUUCAAGAUGGCCAGUCAUCAGUUUCCAGACGCCCCACAAGAGGGGUCAACCACCAACUCAGGCGCCUCCAUUGAGCCUUCUUCACCAAGCUCAAUUCGCGGUGUCAUGACCCCAAAGCCUGGGUCAGCAGAUAUAUCAGAUGGCAAUGCCGAUCUUGGGGGGUCAUCUUCGGUCUCUCAUGAAGAGGCUGUGUUGAAUCUUGAAGACAAGAUUCGCCAAUUUGAAUCCCAACUACGAGAACGUAAUGAGUCCAGUUCAGUUCUCACGGUCCCCUAUCCAUCUCUGAAGCGCAAGAUGCCAGACGAACUCUAUGACCCCGUUUCCAAAAAGAUGAAACCAGCGUCUCAAGUCAGCCCGGAAAUGGGCUCAUUAUCGACGGAAGUUGCAGGUCGAUACAUGAGUUUCAUCCACAACGAAGUGUUCUGA